GCGCACGCGCAGGCUGGAGACGCCGGGCGAGGGAGUCGGCUGAGCCGGGCGUCACGUGACUGGGCGUCGGGUGACCGGCAGCCGGAAAAGCAAGAUGGAGGGGCGGGGCCGGUGAGCCCCGGGCAGCUGCCGCCACUAUGUCCACCAGGAGGCUGCGGAGCGAGGACUACAAGGACUACAGCUCCACAGAGGCUACGCCUGACGGGAGCCCCACUGAAGGCAGAAAUGGCUUUGCAUCUCCUGAGUCCUACCAGCGGUUUGGGGAGAGCAACGGGACAACAUGGUUUCAAACCUUGAUCCACCUGGUGAAAGGGAAUAUUGGCACUGGCCUGCUGGGACUGCCCCUGGCUGUGAAAAAUGCUGGCAUCGUGCUGGGCCCUCUCAGUUUGCUGGUGAUGGGAAUCGCCGCAGUGCAUUGUAUGGGCAUCCUGGUUAAAUGCGCUCACCACUUCUGCAACAAAUAUCAAAGGCCUUUUGUGGACUAUGGAGAUGCUGUGAUGUACGGGCUGGAAGCCAGCCCUAGUGCCUGGCUUCGGACCCACGCCAUCUGGGGAAGAUACAUAGUGGGAUUUUUCUUGAUUCUCACCCAGCUGGGGUUCUGCUGUGUUUAUUUCGUAUUUCUGGCUGACAAUCUGAAACAGGUGAUCUCUGCAGCAAAUGGCACCACCAAUGACUGCCAUUCCAACAAAACCACGGUGCUGACUCCCACUAUGGACUCCCGGUUGUUCAUCCUCUCCUUACUGCCGUUCCUGGUGCUGCUCGUGUACAUACAGAAUCUCAAGUUCCUGUCCAUCUUUUCCAUGCUGGCCAACCUCGCCAUGCUGAGCAGUCUCAUCAUGAUAAACUGGUAUAUCAUCACGAGCAUUCCAGAUCCCAGCAACCUGCCUCUUGUAGCGGGCUGGAAGACCUACCCUCUGUUUUUUGGCACGGCGAUCUUUGCUUUCGAAGGUAUCGGAGUGGUGCUCCCCCUGGAAAAUAAAAUGAAGAAUCCCCGGCACUUCCCAGUGAUCCUGUAUGUGGGAAUGGCCAUAGUCACUGUCUUGUACAUCAGCCUGGGGACCUUGGGAUACCUGCGAUUUGGAGCCAACAUCCAGGCCAGCAUUACUCUCAACCUGCCUGACUGCUGGCUGUACCAAUCUGUCAAGCUGCUCUACUCCAUUGGGAUCUUCUUCACCUACGCGCUGCAGUUCUAUGUCCCGGCUGAAAUCAUUGUGCCCGGGGCUGUUUCCCAGGUGCCAGAGCGCUGGGCGCUGUGGGUCAACCUGCUCCUCAGGACGUGCCUCGUCUGCGUGACAUGUCUGCUGGCAAUCCUGAUCCCCCGCCUGGACAUCGUCAUCUCUCUGGUGGGCUCUGUGAGCAGCAGUGCUCUCGCCCUCAUCAUCCCUCCCCUGCUGGAGAUCACCACCUAUUACGCCGACGGCAUCCACCCCGUCACCAUCGCCAAAGACUUCCUGAUCAGCAUCCUGGGCUUGGCGGGGUUUGUGGUGGGCACCUACGAGUCCCUUUGGGCGCUGGCCACACCCCCCAUUGCCAACACCACCAGAGCCUUGGUCUAGUGACCCCUUUUCCUUCCCUCGCUCCACCCCAGCAGCGCCAUACAGCCUCUUGGCAGCUCACUGGGUUUUCAUCAGGGUCGAGGCAGUGACUCUCCCUUCCUUCUCUUUAAAUGUAUUUGUCCAGGUAAAGUGAGGGUGAGUGCACAACUGGAAAAGACAGGACCCCGAUUCCCAUUCCCUUUCCCUCUCCUCUUCGUCUGCAGUUCCCACUUUGGGGGGGGUCUCAUUGCUUGGCUCUGGGAGCCCUGCAGAGAUGACUUGCGGCCCCUGGUUGGGAUGGAGUGCCUUCCUUUGCUCCACCGGGAUCCUUCUGGCAGAUUAAGGUGACAUACCUACAGGUGCCAAGGUACUUCAGUUUUAAGUGGACAUGCUUCUAGACUAUAGAGUACCAAGGGGAGGGAAGAAAUCCUUGGGCUCUUUCAGGGAUCUAGAUGACUGCUUCAUAGCUCAGGGUACCUCUACCCUUCCCAAACUCCCCUCUGCCCAGAAAAAGAGAAUCUCUGACUCUUUUCUGGUGCCAACCCUUUUUUUUUUUUU